AUGAGACGAUCAGCAGCACCAAGUCAGUUGCAAGGGAAUCCCUUCAAAAAACCAAAGUUUAUAUCACCAGCAAGAAGUCAUCCAAGUCCUAAUGAAGAGGUUGCAAAACUGAAUUCAGAUAUAAAGUUAUUUGAGGUUGCUGCAAAUAAGAAUAAUUUUCUCCAGCCACAAAAUGAUCCCAGAACAUGCAAUUUUAAUUUGCCUACUAAAGAAUGUACUAAAGGAAUUAAUCAUGGGGAUAGUUACAGGGAAAAAUAUUGUUUGGAAGCAUCUACAAAGACAACAUUAGACCUCCAUCAUACAGUUCAUUCAGCCCCUAAAGAAAUAACAGUGUCUAAGGGACAAGAAGAGAAACCUGAUAGCCUAGUUAAAUAUUUCAGUGUUGUUUGGUGUAAAGCGUCAAAGAAAAAACACAAAAAGUGGGAAGGUGAUGCUGUUCUUAUUGUAAAAGGAAAGUCAUUUACCUUAAAAGAUUUGGAAGGCAAAGACAUUGGAAGAGGCACUGUAUAUAAAUUGAAAGAGCUUGAAAAGAUUGAAGAGGGUCAAACAAUGAUGAUUGGUGGAAAAGAAAUAGAAGUCAUGGGUAUCAUCUCUCCAGAUGAUUUCAACAGUGGAAGAUGUUUUCAGUUUGGAGGAGGAUGUUCUGCUGUCUUAAGUUCUUCUCAAGCUGCCAAGAAGUGUUUGUCUAACCCUUUCAAAAGUGUCUGUAAAGUCAGUUCAAAGGAAAAUAAACAGAACAGUUUCCAAAAUUGCAAACCACGCCAUGACCCAUAUGCGCCAAAUUCCCUUGUUAUGCUCCGACCAGAUAAGAAUCACCAGUGGCUGUUCAAUAAGAACUGUUUUCCUGUUGUGGAUGUAGUGAUAGAUCCUCACCUUGUAUAUUACCUUCGACCACAUCAGAAAGAAGGGAUCAUAUUCCUUUAUGAAUGUGUGAUGGGAAUGAGGGUGAAUGGCAGAUGUGGAGCUAUUCUUGCCGAUGAAAUGGGUUUAGGGAAAACACUGCAAUGUAUUUCGCUUAUCUGGACCCUACAGUGUCAGGGACCCUAUGGAGGCAAGCCAGUAGUAAAGAAGACACUUAUUGUCACACCCGGAAGCUUGGUGAAUAAUUGGAGGAAAGAAUUCCAAAAAUGGCUAGGAAUCGAAAGGAUCAAGAUAUUUACUGUUGAUCAGGACCACAAAAUAGAAGAAUUCACCAAAUCUCCAUUUUAUUCUGUUCUUAUCAUCAGUUAUGAAAUGUUACUUCGUUCCCUGGAUCAGAUUAAGAGUGUAAAAUUUGAUCUUCUAAUUUGUGAUGAAGGGCAUCGUUUGAAGAACAGUACCAUUAAGACAACUACAGCCCUCAUUAGCCUCUCCUGUGAGAAAAGGAUAAUUUUAACUGGUACUCCAGUUCAGAAUGAUCUCCAAGAAUUUUUUACAUUAAUUGAUUUUGUAAAUCCAGGAAUAUUAGGCUCUUUGUCAGCUUAUAGAAAAAUAUAUGAAGAACCCAUUAUUAUAUCAAGACAACCUUCUGCUUCUGAGGAAGAAAGGGAGUUAGGAGAGCAAAGAGCAGCUGAACUUACUUGCCUCACUGGACUCUUCAUCCUUAGAAGAACCCAAGAAGUCAUAAAUCAAUAUCUCCCUCCUAAAAUUGAGAAUGUAGUCUUUUGCCGACCAGGAGCCCUACAGAUUGCACUUUAUAGAAAACUGUUAAAUUCUCAGGCCGUCAGAUUCUGUCUUCAAGGAUUGUUGGAAAAUACUUCUCAUUUAAUAUGUAUCGGAGCUCUUAAAAAACUGUGCAAUCACCCCUGCCUUUUGUUCGGCUCAAUAAAGGAAAAAGAAAGCAACUCAACUUGGGAUGAGAGUGAAGAAAGAAAUCUCUAUGAAGGCUUGAUCAAUGUGUUCCCUGCUGAUUACAACCCGACCAUGUUUACAGAGGAAGAGUCCGGAAAACUGCAGGUGCUGUCAAAGCUCUUAGCUGUUAUCCGCGAACUUCGUCCUGCUGAAAAAGUCGUGUUGGUAUCCAACUAUACACGAACCCUGGAUAUUUUACAAGAAGUCUGCAAGCGUCAUGGAUAUGCUUAUACAAGACUUGAUGGACAGACCCCAAUCUCUCAAAGGCAGAAAAUUGUUGAUGGCUUUAAUAGUAAAUACUCUUCUGAUUUUAUUUUUUUGUUAAGUUCAAAAGCUGGUGGUGUGGGGCUUAACCUUAUUGGAGGAUCUCACUUAAUCCUCUAUGACAUUGAUUGGAAUCCAGCUACUGAUAUCCAGGCAAUGUCUAGAGUGUGGAGAGAUGGUCAGAAGCACCCUGUACAUAUUUACAGACUCCUAACCACAGGUACAAUAGAGGAAAAGAUCUAUCAAAGACAGAUCAGUAAGCAGGGUCUUUCUGGGGCAGUUGUAGACCUAUCCAAGACAUCUGAUCAUAUUCAGUUUUCAGUGGAAGAACUUAAAAAUUUGUUCACAUUGCAUGAAAGUUCACAUUGUGUUACUCAUGACCUGCUUGACUGUGACUGUACAGGAGAAAAUCAUACAGGUGAUUCAUUGGAAAAACUCCCUGUGUCUAGAAAUUGUCAGCUUGGUCCACAUCAACAGAAGUCUGAUUCCCUGAAACCUCUCUCUAUGUCACAACUGAAGCAAUGGAAACAUUUUCCUGGAGAUCAUUUAAAUCUUACAGAUCCUUUUCUUGAAAGAAUAAGAGAAAAUGUAUCAUUCUUUUUUCAAAAUAUAACCAAUCAAACUAUUGCUAUAUAA